CAUUGCCGGCUCAAAUUGGCCCCGACUCCUCCUGUCACUCACUUCAAUCUCCACGUUCUCGCGUAACGAAAUAUGUAUCUGCCGUACCAAAGUAUGCUACAACCUUGCGACUAAAAGUAUACUACGUAACCAUAUGCCUUCAAUGGGACCGUAAUCUCUAAUGCCACCACCUCCUCCACUACGCUUGCAUCUACCCCAAUCUCAAUCUCACUGACACUUCGUCUACUGUCAACAGCACAGUCAACACAAUCAAUACAGUCAACAACCUUAUAUCCUCAAAGGAUAUACCCCAACCCUCUCAUCGUGCUCAGUCACGAUCAGCCUCGGACCCUUUCGCUCCUCAAUCGACCACCACCAUGCAGCUCUGCGGCGGAAGCAAGACCACCCAGCGCAAGCUGGUCCUACUGGGCGACGGCGCAAGCGGCAAGACCUCGCUGCUAAAUGUCUUCACGCGAGGAUACUUCCCCACCGUCUACGAGCCUACAGUCUUCGAGAACUACGUCCAUGAUAUCUUCGUAGACAACGUCCACAUCGAGCUCUCCCUCUGGGACACCGCCGGCCAAGAAGAAUUCGACCGUCUCCGCUCCCUCUCCUACGACGACACCCACGCAAUCAUGCUCUGUUUCUCGGUCGAAUCCAAAGACUCCCUCGAGAACAUCGAAUCCAAAUGGGUCGGCGAGAUCGCCGAGAACUGCCCGGGCGUAAAACUCGUCCUGGUAGCGCUGAAGUGCGAUCUCCGCGAGAACGACGACGCGGCUGAGGAGGAACCAACCGCCCCAGCCGCGGGGGGAGGGAAGAAGGAGUGUAUCACGUACCAGCAGGGUCUUGAGGUCGCGAGGCGCAUUGGCGCGUUGAGGUAUUUGGAGUGCUCGGCUAUGCGGAAUCGCGGGGUUAAUGAGGCGUUUACGGAGGCGGCGAGGGUAGCGCUUUCGGUGAAGGGGGUUGGUGGAAAGGACGAUUCGAAGUGUGUGAUGAUGUGAGGGGGGCGCGCACGCGAUGGUUGGUGGUGGUGUUCAGCGAGGCGUAUUGGCGUUGGUGGAUAGGUUGAGCGCCGUCCCUGCUUAUGUGCGGGUUUUUUAUAUGUUACUAUUACUUAUUUUUUUCUUCUUUUCUUUCUUUCUACGACGCUGUUGUUUCGCUGAUGCAUUUGCAGGCGGGCAAGGUUGUUAGUUUCGACGCGAGUGCCUUGGGGGGGGUUUUACGGCGAUACACACUAUGGGCCACCACAUAUGCUAAAUAAUUAUGGGAUUUGCAUAUAUUGGAAGAUAUGGGAUCAUGGGGAGGCUGUCUGAGGAUGGCAGAUACUGGAGCCGGGUCGUCGUUAGUUUUACUGCACUGUAAUUGUAUAUGGACUUGUAUAUGGCUGCACUGAUUUGUUGUUAUAAAACCUUUCUAGAUUUACAAAUGGGGGUGGCAAGCUUGCCAUUUUGCAUUCUAGUCUAUCUAUUCUUGGAUAAUUUGAG